CAUAUGUUGGCAGCUCACACUCACAGCAAUCUCUUGUACACACAAAUCAUUCCACUUGUGUAUACAGAUUGAUGUACUAGGUCAGCAAGAUCUUUCUCUCUCUAGGUUAUUGCUCUGUAAUUUCUUCAUUUCCUCUCUCUAAACUCUUUUUUGAUCAAUCGAUUAAACAAUCGAGAGGUUUUUGGUUUUUCUUCGGUUGAUCUGACUGUCUUUGGUUGAUAAAUUUGAGUUCAUUAGCUUUCUUUCCCUCUAAUUCAAUCAUGUUUUUAAUUGAUUGGUUCUAUGGAGUGCUUGCUUCGCUCGGUUUGUGGCAGAAGGAAGCCAAGAUCUUGUUUCUAGGGCUUGAUAAUGCUGGAAAAACGACGCUUCUUCACAUGUUGAAAGAUGAGAGAUUAGUGCAACACCAGCCUACACAGUAUCCAACAUCUGAGGAGUUGAGUAUUGGGAAAAUCAAGUUUAAGGCAUUCGAUUUGGGAGGCCAUCAGAUUGCUCGUAGAGUUUGGAAAGAUUACUAUGCCAAGGUGGAUGCAGUUGUUUACCUGGUGGAUGCUUAUGACAAGGAGAGAUUUGCUGAGUCAAAAAAAGAGCUGGAUGCUCUCCUCUCAGAUGAGGCUUUGGCCAAUGUUCCAUUCCUUGUCUUAGGCAACAAAAUUGACAUACCAUAUGCUGCCUCAGAAGAUGAGUUGCGUUACCACCUGGGCUUGACCAACUUCACCACUGGCAAGGGUAAGGUGAACUUGGGUGACUCAAAUGUCCGUCCCAUGGAGGUAUUCAUGUGUAGCAUUGUUCGAAAAAUGGGCUAUGGAGAUGGUUUCAAGUGGCUUUCUCAGUAUAUCAAGUAGUGAGUUAUAGGGAAUUAAGUUCUAUUUAGUUCAUAACCAAAAGUGCUAUGUGAACAUUUGUUCUAGAAUCACUGUUGAAUGAAUUUCAGUUGUUUUGACUUUUUUCUUAGUAAAAUUACAUACAUAUGCCCGGACGCCCUUGAUGAGACUUAAAAGUGACUCAUGAUUCGUAUUCUGAUUGUAUUGAAAAGAUGCUUAAUGAUUUCUUCCUUUGGCCGCUUGCA